UUCAUUUGACGGAAUCGUGUCGAGUGGAUAUUCAUAAUAAAUUCUCUAUCGUAGGCUUAUAUGUGUCGAAAUUUACAUACAUACUUAUAUUGUGCUGAAGAAAUAAGAAUCAGAUGUUUAAUGAUUUGCCAAUAAAUAUUUUGUCUUCAAAAUCAAGUAUUAAAUCAGUCAUUUCGAGAUAAUUAAAGACUUUUUUUACGAAUAUCACAUUAACGGAAGUACUUUAUUUGGAAUUAUUAAGCUGGGAUAAAUAUAUUCGCAUGUCAUCCCACGGCCUAAAUAAUACAUCAUCAAUCGAAAAAAAGAGCUAUCAAGAACAUCAAAUUAAUACAGAUAUAAAUUUGGUAACAGUAUUAAAUGAAGCAGAUUUGGUUAUGAGUUUAUCUCCCAAGGACAUUCUUAUGCCCUCAUCCAUUGGUCAGCAACAUCAACUGGAUACCAAACUGCAUCCAAACGAAACUUCACUACUAAAUUCGGUAUCUACAGCAGCCGCUGCAGCGGUUGCACAUCACCACCACCAUAAUCUUUCAAAUAUACACCAUCUCCAAAAUAUUCAUUCUCAACAUCAAAGUACUUUUAUAAAUAGCAAUCACUCAACACCUUUUAGUGUGACUGAUAUUUUAAGUCCAAUUGAAGAGUCAUAUCGAAAACUGGAACUGAACGGAAACCCUCCAUCGCCGUUUCGGUCAAAUUCCAGUGGUAGCAGUAUAAACUCUCCUGGUACUCUGACUGCUUCAACUAUGGCCAACCCUUACGCUAUGGGAUCAUUGUAUCAUAGCCCAGGAGUGCAAAGCUAUUGCGGCCCAACCGAUAAUUUAUCUCUUGCUGGUCACUACACUGACAUGAGAAGCUCAGCUUCAUGGUACGGAUCUACCGCCAACGAUCCAAGAUUUGCAAUAUCCCGCCUCAUGAGUACUUCUGCCAGUGGGUCAAUGAGUCAUAUGGGGAAUAUGACUGGAUUAGCUGCCUGCAGCGUAAGCGAUACAAAGCCUCUACAAUUUCCAUUGGCACAGAGAAGAAAACGCAGAGUUCUAUUUACUCAAGCCCAGGUAUAUGAAUUGGAAAGAAGAUUUAAGCAGCAACGGUAUCUAUCCGCGCCUGAACGAGAGCACUUGGCCAGCCUCAUUCAUUUAACACCUACACAGGUUAAGAUUUGGUUCCAGAAUCAUCGAUAUAAGUGUAAAAGGCAGGCAAAAGAGAAAGCAAUGGCAGAACAAAAUCAACACAAUCAGUCUUCGAGUUCGCCUCGACGAGUUGCCGUUCCUGUCCUUGUUAAGGAUGGUAAGCCGUGCGCAGGAAGCAAUAAUACAACUCAAUCGCAAUCACAUGGAACGAGUACGACACCAGCAGGCAACAACAAUAGCAGUGGAAGCAAUAGUGUUAACACUAACACUGGAGCUUCAAUAACUGGCAAUCUAACAAAUGGUCUCAAUCUUAUAACUGGAGAUGCCCCGAACUCGCACUCACCAGAUACAUCUUCAUCUAUACUUACUAGUUAUGGGACUGUUGGAGGUUCCAAUGUCGCAAUGUUGCAGCAACCAUGUAAUAAUACUUUAAUGUCAAACAGCUUAGCCAUGGCAUAUAGAAAUCAAAAUAAUUUUAUUUCUAAUGGUCAUCAGCAGCAAUGUGGUGGAUAUUUACCAUUACAGGGGCGAGCAUGGUAAAAAUAAAAGGGAUACCCUUUAAUCUUUUAAUCUUUUAGAUUAAUAUCUAAGCUGUACUCUUUUCGGUUAAACAUUUAAAGACUUUUAAAGAAGGCAGUCAAUAAAAUUAAAUGUUAUGUUGGAUAUCAGUUUCAUUAAAUGAAAUAAA